GGGCAUAGAUAAACUAGAGGAAAUCAUUGACGCGCCCCCAUGGAUAUCAAUGAAUUUCUUGUUAAAACAACAACAGCAGCUGAAGGUGGUGGGGCGAGCAGUGAGAUAUGGAUAAAGGGUAAACAUAAGCGGAAAAGAUCCUCACAAGAAACCGAGGUCACCAGCUAUAAAGAAGAGAAAAUUCCAAAGACUACACACCAUGACAUUACUGGUACCGAUAUGAAGCCUACAAAGACAGAGCUGACACGUGAACGGGGAGCAAACGCCACAUCCUCAGCGCCGGCCAGCUCGACCGUAUCCAACAGUACACCUAUUAGUUCUAUCAUGGCACGUUUAGUGAUCGACUACAUGUUUGAUCGGGAACUUGGCGGACGCCACAGCAUGCAUAGUUUGCAAAGCAAGCUUUAUGGUAAUUAUGGUCGAGAUGACGAGCUCAUGGUAUCGCAACUUGCGGCAGAGCGUGCGAGCUGCUCCGUUGUGGCAUCCAAGGCAGUGUUUCACCACCUCCCUACCUUUCAGUCCAUGAAAGACCUUCGAAGUAGUAUGAAAUGGGAAAAUUAUCCAGAUGCCGUUGUUAAGUAUCGCCGAACGCUGCAAGUGUGUGACAUUCGAAGAGAUUUAAUCGGCGGUGUGACCACAGAACAGACACCGCAUUUUCGAGACUUCACGCUGCGCAUCAUGAGUGCCGCUCUGGAAGGAAAGACUCCACAGCAGGAGCGAGCUCUGACAAGGACUGGAGACGCACAGAGCGGUAGUUCUCUGUCUGAUAAGUUCGACUCUUGCCAUGACGAGGGUCCAAAACAGUUCAACAAGGUUCAUCUAUCGUUUCAAACUUCGGCUCAAUCUUUAAAGGUUGAAAGGGAUCCGCAGAUAUUCAUCUUGGACGAGUUUUUAAAUCCCUCUUCUUCUGUGUCUUCAGAAUCAGAAUGAAAUUGUAGAGUUGAGAGAUUCAAGAGAAUUUGAAAUGCAUAUUUUUUGAUUUGUUGAGUUUGAAUUUAGAGCGAAUAAAUUUCUCAAAAUCUUCUUGAUGUUUAAAGAUUGGACCGAU